CAGACACCAACUAUCGGAGAAGACCCGAAUCCAUCUACAACCACCCAAACCAAAUCCACCAACCCCCCAAUCUCCAUAUCUCUCUCUCUAGCCUUCCAUUCUCACGCACAGAGAGAGAGAGACACACACACAGAGCCAUGCAGUCUCGGCUGAAAUCCCUGGUGGGAAUCGCCAGGCCCUUCUCCACCUCCACCGCCGCCUCGGUCGCCGAGUUCCCCAAAACCCUAGAGGGCCUCCGGGCGCGCCUGGCGCUCGAGUCCCCGACCCUCUCGGACUUCGCCUACUCCGUGGAGGUGGGCACCAAGAAGAAGCCACUCCCCAAGCCCAAGUGGAUGAAGGAGUCCGUCCCCGGCGGCGAGAAGUACGUGCAGAUCAAGAAGAAGCUACGCGAUCUCAAACUCCACACCGUCUGUGAGGAGGCCCGCUGCCCCAAUCUCGGCGAGUGCUGGUCCGGCGGCGAAACCGGCACCGCCACCGCCACCAUUAUGAUCCUCGGCGAUACCUGCACUCGCGGUUGCCGGUUUUGCAAUGUGAAGACGUCACGUACGCCUCCUCCGCCGGACCCGGAGGAACCGGGAAAUGUGGCGGAGGCGAUUGCGUCAUGGGGUUUGGAUUAUGUAGUGAUUACAAGUGUGGACCGAGACGAUUUGGCCGAUCAAGGGAGUGGGCAUUUUGCUGAGACGGUGCAGAAGUUGAAGGCACUCAAGCCGAAUAUACUGAUAGAGUCUUUGGUUCCUGAUUUUCGAGGAGACCCUGGCUGUGUAGAGAAAGUUGCAAAAUCUGGUCUAGAUGUCUUUGCUCAUAACAUUGAGACAGUUGAAGAGCUUCAGAGUAUUGUGCGGGAUCAUCGUGCUAAUUUUAAACAAUCUUUAGAUGUCCUAGUUAUGGCAAAGGACUAUUCUCCUGCUGGAACACUCACCAAGACCUCAAUAAUGUUAGGCUGUGGAGAGACACCCGAUCAAGUUGUGAGAACUAUGGAGAAGGUGAGAGCAGCAGGUGUUGAUGUCAUGACAUUUGGUCAAUAUAUGAGACCAUCAAAGCGGCAUAUGCCAGUGGCUGAAUACAUUACACCCGAGGCUUUUGAUAAGUAUCGAACUCUUGGCAUGGAAAUGGGAUUUCGAUAUGUUGCAUCUGGUCCGAUGGUCAGAUCUUCAUACAAAGCAGGGGAAUUCUACAUCAAAUCCAUGAUUGAAUCCGAUCGGUCUGCUUCUUCACAGCUUUCUGUUUCUUGAUAAGUGUUCCCCACUUUAAAUAUAAUUUCAUAAAUCCAUCGCUUCCUGUGUAUGGUAUUGAGUGAUAUGAUUACUUAAGCUCAAUCAGCUUUAGUACUCUUCUAAAGCAAAAUGAUUAGGAUUAAAUUAGAAUAGUAGGCUGGGUGCCAAAUUCUUUGUGGUAUAAAGCUUUGGGAUUGUGUGGACACCUGUCUCAUUGUAAUCCUAACCUGGUCUCGUUGUACAUCCAUUCGUUGUAAUUAAUAAAUUUUGUUCUGCU